UGUCGGAACCUUUCUCGGCGGCGCUGUGAGAGAGAGGGGACGGUUUGUCGGUGGGACAGGAAGUGCGGAAUCGUUCCGGAGGCGAGGUUCGGGGAGUAUGACCUUCUAUUGCUGAAUGAAUCCGUAACAUGUUUCUUUCACGACUGACGUUGAAACUGGUGAGAAUAUCCGCACUACCAGGAACACAGUUUUCCUUUCUGCCUAUUCAGCUUUGUAGGGCAUUAUCCAGAAAUCACUAUGUACUGGCCGGUCAAAAGGAGGUGAAACCACAGCGUUGGCAUGUAUUGAAUCACGAACUAGAAGAGUUUCUGGUUCCACGAAAACUGUCCAUCAGUCCAAUAGAAAGCUGGUUAACAAUUAGAUACCAUGUGCCCAAAUUUGAACCAAAGGAUGAGCAGAGCCUUGGGAUCAAACUGUGGCCCCAUUUCCAGCAGUAUGACUGCCCUCCCAGAGCAGGAUUACAAGAGAUUGGAGAGAAUGAAGGAGAAAUAAAUAUCAGUGGAGAUGAGAUACAUUGUAAAAACGUACUGAAGAUUCGAAGGAGAAAAAUGAACCGGCAUAAGUACAAAAAGUUCCUAAAGCGGACAAAGUUUUUACGUAGACGGAUCAAGGAGGGCCGCAGACAGAGGCGGCAAGCAAAGUUUGAGAGAGAUUUGAAGAAAAUUUGGAAGAAGGCUGGGCUGAAGAAAGCACCUGAUGGAUGGCAUGCCCCAAAGAUAUACGUGAAGCGUUACCAUGGAAAAGCUGAAUAGUGUUCCACUGCGUUGCAGUAUUACAGAGCAGCCUGGAAUCUAACAAAUUAAAUAAAUUGUUUUAAUAGCC